GGGAGGGAGGGGCAGAUGCCCGCCCUCGCGGCCCCCAACCGACACCCCCCACCCCCGCAACCACUUCCAGGUCAAGCGGCGCGCGCGGCAGCUUCCGGCAGGCAGCGGCUGGGGCGGCGCGCGGCCGCCGCGAGCGCCGCGGGGGCUCCGCCACGGCAGAAGAUGUUUGUGCACUUGUGGGGGUUCCUGUACAGCCACUAUUUUCGGUUUUGGCUGAAAUGGAUCUUGCGGCUGCUCACUCGGAAGUGUGAGUUACAGCGUAUCCUCGACGGGUCGAAGGAAGGCGCGCGGAGGACGCUAAGCAUAGAACACUCACUAGACUCAUCAAAGAGUAAGGUUUUAAGAAAUGCUGUACAUGUUGAUGAAGCUGAAGUGGAAAAGUGUGUUAGAGAUGUAAUGAAAGAAAAGAAAAUUGAACAGAAGAAUACAGGGUUUAAGAUAAACCUGCAUAUAUGCUUGCUGCAGAUAUCAGGAUAUAAGAAACUUUAUUUGAAUGUGGAAAGUCUGAGAAAGGUCCCUUAUGAUGCAGAUAAUGAAGAACAUGAGGAACAGUUAAUUGAGCUUUGGAAUUUGCUGAUGCCUCAUGAGAAUCUGAAGGCCAGGAUCACCAAGCAGUGGUGUGACAUUGGUUUCCAAGGUGAUGAUCCCAAAACAGACUUCAGAGGAAUGGGCAUGCUGGGAUUAGUGAAUCUGGUCUUUUUUAGUAAACAUUACACCAGUGAAGCUCGUCAGAUUCUUUCUCGUUCAAAUCACCCAAAGCUGGGAUAUUCUUAUGCAAUAGUGGGAAUCAAUCUGACAGAAAUGGCAUACAGCUUGCUUAAGAAUGGUGCUCUAAAGUCUCAUCUGUACAACACGGUCUCUGGAUUGCCACAAAUGGAAGACUUCCAUCAGUUCUACUGUUAUCUGGUUUAUGAGUUUGACAAGUUCUGGUUUGAAGAAGAACCAGAAAGCAUUAUGCACUUCAACCAGUACAGAGAGAAAUUCCAUGAAAAAGUUAAGGGACUCCUACUGGAUUAUGAUGUCAUACUAACCUUAAAAAAUACAAAGAAACCUUAACCUCCUCUGCAGUCUAUCAGAUUCUGCAUCAAAAAUGGAAUUAUGCAUUUGGAUGGAAGUUUUGCAUGUUUCGCCAAAAACUGUUUAACAAAGGAACUUUUUUUUACAUCUUAAAAAAAAAUCAAAACUGCAAUUAAGAAAGCUUGGACAAUCAACCUCUGUUUACAGCUCUUUAUAUGCUAUUCUCCAAAGGACUGCUUUUUUGUUUGUUUUAAAGCAUAAUCCACAAGUCUAAAGAUCCUCUGGAUCACUUGCUCUCAUAAUUUCUUUUAUACUUCUUGGUGCGGGAACAUGAAGCAAGUAUUUUAUGCUGUGUCAUGUUUUCCAUUAAUAGGUUUGACAGUUAAUUGUCUUUUAAAACUUUUUUAGUUGAAAGUACUCUGGUUUUACAUUUUUUGCAUCCUUCUCUUGUUUUCUGUGUGAAGUUGAUAGUCCAUAAGUCAAUGUUAAAUUUCUCUGUAAUGAUGAGGUCCAUGAAGGGGAUGUAUUAGUCACUUAUGAUUUUGGAGAAGAGGAUUAAUCCAUCAACAUAAUAAUGUACUUGCUACAGUUUGUUUCUGGCUGGAGCAGUUUUCCAUCCAGGUAUUCGUACCAACAAAUUCCUGUGCAUGGAAAGAACUUAAUUUACAGACAAACAAGAAGAAUGACAAAUCAACAAUUUACGGAUCAGAUCCUCAGAGUAAAACUAGCUCUUCUAAAAAUAUUCCUACUAUCAGAAUUUUCAGUUCUUUCUAGUCAGACUUCAGCUGCUUGACUUUGUAUCUGUUUGUAUCAUUCUUCUUUUAGCAGCUAUUGCGGUAUUCUCAGUGCAAAGUGCAAGAGAGUUAGUUUAGCCCCCUUUUAUAGCGCUUGUUUAAUAUAAAACUUAACUGCAGCUGCAGUCCCUGUUUUGUGAAAAUAAAUUCAUAUCUGAGUACAGCCUCUGACAAAGAUGUAUUUUUCAUAGAAGGGAUGCAACUAUGAUAUGUUCCUUAAUCUUAGCAUUCUCAGACAAUCUAGUCAAUAGGACUUUGUAUCUAUAUUGUGACUAAUUCUUGCUUAAAGCAACUUUAAACGGAUUUGGUAUGACCAUCGCUUCAUUUUCUAAAACAAUAAGUGCCUUCUGCUUUAUUCAGUCCGUGUUUUAAUUUGAUUCUGCAUCCAGAUUGUAGCCUUAGAAGCUUGAGUUAUUUGGGACAGACUGUUUCAUGAUAUACCUAAAUAGCACACAGCUGCACAAAAUUUGUGUGCUAACGCAAACUUUCAUGUUUUUUUUUUUUUUUUUUUUACAUCAUCUCAGGUAAAUUAGUUAACUUCUGUUUAAUCACUACAUCAUGAAGAGAUUCCUUAAGAACACAAAUUUUUGACAUGAAAGGAAAAAGACAAGCCCUUUUGGUGGUGAGUGAUACUGAACUACAUAUAUAUGAGGGAUACUACACUACAAAAAUAUUACAUGUAUUAUAUGUAAUAUAUCUCCUUGGAGAUACUUAAAACCUGACUGGACAAGGUCCUAAGCAGCCUGCUUGAGCUGACCCUGCUUUGAGCAAGGGCAUUGGACUAGAUGAUCUCCAGAGGUCCCUUCCGUUCUGUGAUUCUGUGUUGUAUAAAACAGUGACCUCUUGCACUGCAUCCACCCAAUUGCUCUUGGUUCCUUAAAUACUAGCAGUUGCUUAUUUCUGGGAUAGCUCUUGAUCAGGGUAAACAUUAUAUAGGAAAGAGGUGAUGCAGAUCUUCGGUUUUCUUUUUAAUAUAGGUUAAAUAUAGGGGUGAGUUAACAAAUUCCUGAGUUUCACUUGCCACAGAAUGGAGAAGGGUUCAUCUUAUCUAUAUUGGGCUGAUGCUGUUUAUUCAAAAAAGAAAAAAUAGAGGAGGGGAAGGAGUAAUAAAGAUGCUUUUAGGGAAAGUAUUUAUACAUAUCUUUUCAUUAUAUAUACCAAAAGUAAUUUGAUGUAGAAAACAUUUUUAACAUAGUAAGUUUCUCUGACUGUGUAAGUGUGUACAUGUAUUAGGGAUAGGAACUGGAUAGACAACCAAGUUCAGUUAGGAAUGCUCAUACUAUAUGGCUCUGAUCAGUAUUAAGUUUAGUCAUUGUGAUUAAAGUUACUACAGAGACAGCGACCAAGGUAUAGAAACAGGAUUGCAAAGGCAUAUACAUAAGAGACUAUUAACAAAGAGGAAUUUAUGUAACGGAUCUCACCAUAAUGUUAGAUGGUAAAGAGAAGUAGAAAGUGUUAUAUUGGAGGAGUAAAAUCUCCUUAAACUUAAUUUGUUUCUGAAGAUUCAUAUGAUAGUUAAAACAACUGGGAAUUUUAAAUGUUUCAGGUGCCUCCUAAGAUGACUAAGUUUAAGAAGUUGAGUUUUAAUUUUUUUUUUUUUUUAAGCCUACAGUUGCGAUGCCAUGGCUGGUGAGCCAGACAGCUAAACCAGAUAAAUAAACAGAUAAACCCCAACUAGAUAAGCUAGAUAGAAAAUACUCUACAAGAAGCCUAGUUCUUUUGCUGCUCCCAGGUACUUAAAAAUCUGUAAUUCUCACUAGUGAAAAAGCUGAGAUCUUAUGGUGCAUCCUUGCAUUCUCAUCUUACUAUAGAGCGCUGUCUCUCUCUGAUCCCUUGGGAACCUGGAAAUUCCUAAAACCAAACCAACAAAGGAAGCAGAAAAGUUAUCUAUUUCCCAGUUGCUGAGAGUUGGUUGUUUACUAAUUUCUAGUGCCAGCUUCCUUCACAUUUGUCUUCCUUCAUUAAUUCUUCUUUGCUAUGCAGCUUUCCUUUGCAAGCAACAUGAGACAGACAUUUUUUGAAUUUCCAACAUGACCCCGAGGUGUUUUAACAGCAGCAGGAAGGGAGACCCCAUUCUUUAUUUUUGCCUACUGCUUGCUAGCAAUUAGCAAAAUUGCUUGAGCCAUCUCUGUAAAAACUCUCCCCUGCUAGAGUCUGCAACCUUCAUUUGGCAAUCUGCAUGCUAACCUUCCUAACCUCACAACUUUCACAUGGCUCAUUGUUCACUAGGAAAUUGCCACUUAACUACUUCCGAAGCUUUUUAAUCUUCAGAUUUCAUAUGAUACAGCCUAAGACCAUUUUAGUGUAGAAUUGAGCCCUGUGUGAGAUGCACCUUUAUUAUUAUUAUUUUUUAAAUAAAAACAUGAGCUGGAAAUAAUACACUGUGACAAUACAGAAAUUAAGGAAGAAAUCUCAACCAUCAUUAAAUGAGUGGCAUACAGUUAAAUUAAUGCAUUAGUUUGGGUGUAGUGAUUGUUUAAAAUGAAUAUUCUAUGUUAGGCUCCAAUACAUUUUUACAGUAAACAGUCAGAAUUUGCAUGUAGUUUUAUGUGAUCCGGUACCCCAGUCCUGUCUAAGAGUCAGUAUAUUUAGGGUAGUGCUGUAUUUUCCUGUUUGCCCCACUGGUAGGCUUAUUGUAUUAUAGUGGUAACUAGAAUAUAUGGAAAAAAAUAAAAUUGUGUCUAGGGAAAAGAAGAUGAAUGUUUAUUUUACCAGUCAGUGGGAUUUUAUAUUAACUCUAACACUUACAUUAUAGAGAGAACCUAAGGUAACCCUACGGUAAUGGAAGAUUUAAAAUGGUAUUAGGUCGCCUUUUUGCAAGUUGAUAUAAUGAGCUUGUUUAGCAUCAGAACUUGUUGCUCAUAGUUUAUUCUAAGUAGUCUUAAAGGUUAAAGCCUUGGCAAAUUCUCAUGCUGUUAUUAAUCAAGUGUCAUGUCUUAAAGUAUGUACUGUUUUAUUAGAACUUGCAAGAAUUGUUAGUUUUCUAACUUGCUGCCUCUUUAAAACAUUCACUAUUGUGAAAGCUUAUAUGUAAUAGUAGUAUUUUAGAAAAAAAAUCUAAAAAUAAACAUCAAGCUGAAGACAAGAAAGUGGCUCUGUAAAAUAUUUUUUUGUUAAACAGUUCCUACUGGAACUUACUGUUCGUUUAGCAUAUAUUGAAACAUGGUGCUACUUCAUAAACAAAUUAAUCUGAAGAUAAAAAUCUUGCCAUAAAAAUAAAGUCUAGUCUUUCAACAAGUUGAAACGCGUUGUUUCACAAGUAACCAACUUAAUUGGAAAGCACGAUUUGAAGACAGUGCUACUUAGGAAACUGAGAACAUGUUUUUAAAACAAACUGGCUGUGCUUCUGUGGUCUGGUACAGCAGUGUGGAGAAUUGGGCAUUUUGUCUUAAAGCACAAUAGGAGAAGGGGCCAAUUUAAGCACCUCAGAUGAAUGGUUAUAGAUUUGCACUCUAAAAAAAGCAAGCAUUCAUUCUUCAGACUUUUCCAUCCUACUUUAAAUAACAAACGCUUUACAAAAAAAAUCAGUUAGACUUGUUUUAUGAAUUACUGUGAUGAAAGUUUGUGUUUAGUUAGAUGGGAGUACAGCAGUCAGUAUUCCUGAAAAAACUGCUAGUGAAUGCACGAUAAAAACGUGACCUAUUGUUUUUUCUAUCAUACCUGUUUGUGUUGCUGUAGUGCAAUGGUAGUCAAUCUUUGGAGAGAUGUUUCUUGUGCCAGUCUAUAGUGUUGUCUUUCACUAGGGGGAAACAAACAAGCAAAGAAACAAGUAAAGCCAGCUUGUGGGCAGUUUCUUCUUGUCACACUGUGCUGAGACAGCUGCAUACUAGUAGAAAUUUCUGUUUACCACAAUAUAAAAGCAAUAAUGUAAACUGUAAUGUCUGUGUACUGGAAGGAGAUGUUUACAAUGGUAGCGAAUAAAGAAUGAGUUAUUCCAAAAUAUUGUCAACACAA